CCUUUUCCCAGGGCAUGGGCCCGUGGAUCCCCCAUCCCCUUCAUCACGGAACCAGGCCAAACGCCCGUAAACCAUUGACACUGUGUCAAUCAAGGUAUUUUUUUUUGUCUAAGUCAAAAGGAACUGAGAUUUUCAUGUCCUGUUGGUAAUACAGAACGCAGUGUCUCUGGGACAAGCUGGCUAUUUUAGCAGUAAGAACAAGAAAAUCAGCAGAGAAGUUUGAUAUUCUAGAAAAAAAUCCUGAAAGCAGCUAAAGCAUGCUGAAUAUUAUAACACAUGGAACAUUAGAUGAAGUUGACUAAGGUUGAUUACUGUCUUUGAGUAAAGGACCCAAGCUGAGCCUAGCUCUACUUCACUAAAAUGUUAGUCUUGUUUGGUUUUUGUUGAAUAUGUAUUUCAUUUUCUUAAAUUAUGACCAUGUCUAAUUUCUUACUGUAAGCAGGUUAUUUCUUUCAAUUUCCUCCUUCCUAAAGAGUUACAAACACUUUUGUUGACAUUUUAUUGACAGUUUUCUUGUUGUGCACAAUAUCUGCAUGAAAGAGAAAUGACUUGCAUUUAGACAAAAAAAAAAAGUAGAAAGUAUUGAGGCAAAAUAUUAGUGAACUUUUUUUGUGCUACCACAUUAAAUUCAACAAUUAUAUAUAUAUUUAAUAUUUGUUUUUAGAAAGCAUUACUUGUGUAUGAAGAAUUAAAUGAGUAUUAACCAGAUCUUUUCAGCUUUCAUUAUGUCUGUCAGACACAGAUCUGACUCCUGUGAUGUGGGAGCUGUACCAUGCACUUCAUAAAUCAGUGCCCCUGCCAGUGACCAUUUGAAAUGACAGUGGUUCCACCUUAUUUAUCUCAAGGUUGGGUAUUUUCUUUCUCUUCUUAUGCGAAAGGAUUUUAUGUUUUCUGAUAAUUUGAAAAAAAGCUUGUCUUUCCAUUUUGCUCUCUUUUAUCAUGCAAUUUUCAAAAUCACUUUUUCAAAUUUUUAAUGCUGUUUUUAACCACUUCACCAUAUUUACUUUAUUUACAUAUUUACUUUACAGAUAGUUAAUUUUUAUUUGGUGAAGAGCAUGGAAUCGUUAAAUGGUUUAGGUUGGAAGGGACCCUUAAAGAUCACAGAAUUAUUUCAUUACUAAGGCUGGAAAAGACUUUAAGAUCACCUAGUCCAACCGUCGACCCAUUGCCACCAUGCCCACUAACCACAUCCCUAAAAUCACCCAUUCCAGCCCGCGCUGCUGUUCCAGGUGACUUGGUAUUGCUUUGAACAGCCCCGUCCCUCCUCUCUUCUUCAGAGGUGCUGGAGAACCGGUGCGGUGUCCACAAGUCGCUGCGCCGCGUUUGAAGGAGGCUCGACUAGCUCGUUCCGCUGCCGGCCGCGAAGGCGAAGCGGCGAGGCCUCCCGUUGCCGGUCACUGCCGUGCCGGGCAGAAGCUGCCGCCCUCGGCAGGUGGCCCCGGAGCCCCGCAGCUGCGGGUGGCCCUGCUGUACCGGAGAGCGGCGGGAGGGAGCCGGGGAGCCGGGGCCCUGCGGGGCGGGGUGGGCACGGUGGCCGGGCGGAGUAGACGGAGCUUUUCCGAAGCAGCGGGCGCGCAGGGUUCUGCGAGUCCUCCGCUGGUCCCGCUGCGGGAAGGGGUGGGUUGUCCAGCAGAGGUGCCGCCUCUCCCGAGCGGCUGCUCUCGGUAGGCUGUGCCCUCUCUUCACGGGAAGCGAGGGGCAGAGUGGGAGAGGACGGUGGAAGAUGCUGUGGCUGCCUGCCGCCUUCCAGUUGGUGCUGGUGCUCUGCAGCCAGGGCAAGGAGAGGUGUCCGUCAGCCUUCUGUGAGUGCUCUGACUGGGAUGACUACAAAAUUACCUGCAGGAAUAUCCACUUCAUUCCCAGCCUUCCAGAAGACACUCAGACCCUGAGGUUUAUGGAGACUCGUCUAAAAACAAUUCCAAGUGAAGCAUUUUCCAAUCUCCCCAACAUCUCUAGAAUUUAUAUCUCCAUAGACGAAACACUUCAGAGUCUGGAGGCCCACUCCUUCAACAGCUUAAGUAAAGUCACUCACAUUGAAAUUCGAAAUCUUAGAAACUUGGAUUACAUAGAUCCAGAUGCCUUUAAGAACCUCCCACUGUUGAAAUACCUUGGAAUUUUUAAUACUGGACUCAAAGUAUUUCCAGACCUCACUAAAAUCUACUCAUCUGAUGUGAACUUUUUACUUGAAAUUGCAGAUAAUCCUUUCAUCACUUCAGUGCCUGCAAAUGCUUUCCAUGGGCUGUGUAAUGAAUCUCUAACUCUCAAACUCUACAAUAAUGGGUUUACCAGCAUCCAAGGCCAUGCUUUUAAUGGGACAAAUCUGGAUGCUAUCUAUCUGCACAAGAACAAAUACCUGAAAGUUAUCAAUGAAGAUGCAUUUCUGGGAGUGCAUAGUGGACCAACUCUACUGGAUGUCUCCAGAACAGUCAUUGUUAAUCUUCCUGUCAAAGGACUGGAAAGCCUCAGAGAACUAAUGGCCAAAAACACAUGGACUUUAAAGAAAUUACCAGCUGUAAAGAUAUUUCUUCAACUAAUUCGAGCUGAUCUGUCCUAUCCAAGUCACUGCUGUGCUUUCAAGAACUGGAAAAAAAAUAGUGGAAUUCUGGAGUACUUGAUGUGUAACCAGACCAGCAGUCACAGCCUUCCAAAGAGAAGAUCGUUCAGGGCUAUCAGAGGGCCAUUUUACAAAGAUUAUGCAGAAGACUACACAGACCACACUGAUACUGUUUAUGACAAAAACACCAAGUUCAGGAAUUUUCAUGAAAAUUCCCAAUAUUAUAUAUUUUUGGAAGAGCACGGAGAAGAAAAUGUUGGGUUUGGCCAAGAGCUCAAAAACCCUCAAACUGAAGACAUGCAGGCCUUUGACAGUCAUUAUGACUAUCUUAUCUCUGGAGGCAGUGAGGAUGUAAUAUGCACUCCAGAGCCUGAUGAGUUUAAUCCCUGCGAAGACAUAAUGGGAUACCAGUUUCUGAGAAUUGUGGUAUGGUUUGUGAACCUGUUGGCCAUCGUAGGUAAUGUUUUUGUCCUUUUUAUCCUUCUGACCAGCCAUUACAAAUUGACUGUACCACGCUUUCUUAUGUGCAACCUGGCCUUUGCUGAUUUUUGUAUGGGGUUAUACCUUCUCCUGAUUGCUUCAGUGGACCUCUACACCAGGUCAGAGUACUAUAAUCAUGCUAUAGAGUGGCAGACAGGGCCUGGUUGCAACACAGCAGGCUUCUUCACAGUCUUUGCUAGCGAGCUUUCUGUAUACACACUCACUGUCAUCACCCUGGAGCGCUGGUAUGCCAUCACCUUUGCCAUGCGCCCCAAUCGAAAGAUUCGCCUCCGGCAUGCUUUGGUUAUCAUGCUGGGAGGCUGGCUUUCAUGCUUUCUUCUUGCCCUUUUGCCACUGGUUGGAGUCAGCAGCUACAGCAAAGUCAGCAUCUGCUUACCUAUGGACACUGAAACACCAGUGGCUGAAGCCUACGUUGUCUUCGUUUUAAUAUGUAACAUUAUUGCUUUCGUCAUCAUUUGUGCCUGCUACAUAAAAAUCUAUAUCACUGUGAGAAACCCUCAAUACAAGUCAGGAGACAAAGACACCAAAAUUGCCAAGAGGAUGGCUGUGUUGAUUUUCACUGACUUUCUGUGCAUGGCUCCUAUCUCUUUCCAUGCUCUAUCUGCUAUCGUGAACAAACCACUGAUAACUGUCACUAAUUCCAAGAUUUUGCUGGUACUCUUCUACCCACUCAAUUCUUGCGCCAACCCAUUUCUAUACGCUAUUUUCACCAAAGCUUUCAGAAGAGAUGUGUUUAUCCUGCUAAGCAAGUUUGGUAUAUGUGAGCAUCAGGCUCAAGUCUACAGAGGUCAGACAAUCUCAGUCAAAAACAGCAGCGGCUCUUAUGGGCAGAGAAUCAGCCGAGGGAUAGGUCAGGUACUUACAAGCAUCCAAGACCCAGUCAAUGAUUACCUUCCUGCUAUGACAAUGCAAAACCAAAUUCUUGUGGAAGAAUGCAAGCAAACUGAGCUGUGAUAUCUCAAAUUCUCACAAUCACAAUUUAGUCAACAUGUUGUUGUGCAUACAGUAUACUGAGUGAGAAGUGAACAUUUUCUCUAUACCCUAUUUUCCCCUACCCUACCCUUGUGAUGGCUGAUGUACCUUCAGAAAGACAACUCUUUCAUCUGAAACUUCUUGUGUCACAUUCUUACCAGUGCAGGUCGCACAGUACUGUUCCAAUUGUACUGCUGGAAAUGAAUGGGAAAGUCCUAUAUAUAUGUAGAAAAAUGAAAAAUGUAGAAAAUGUAUAGAAAAAGAAAGCAACUAUGAAACGUACCCUCAUCUAAAGAAAAUAAGGAAGAAGGAGACAAAGCAUAAAAUGUCAGAGAAAUUUUAUGACUGAAAAAUAAUGUAGUUUUAUAGACAAAACAAUAUUUUAAGAUAGUAGUUGAAGAUCUCAAAUGCCAACUGGCUAUGUGUCAAAUGGUUCAGCUUUUUCUUCUAAGAGCAAAUUCCUAAAACUUCCACGAAAGCUAAAAUGGAACAGAUUACUUCUGCUUCUACCACCCUGACAUGCAAUUUAUCAGUUUUUGGUUUAGUUGGGUGAACUGCAAAGAGAAGCCCCUUCAUAUUACAAUUUUAUUGAUAAAAGGCAAAUGUCAUUGACUUUACUGCAAUCCAUAACUGAUGACACACACGUGGGCAUUUGUCCCUGUUACAAAAAAUCUCUUACUAUCAGUUUCUCUCACUUUUUCAUGAACCUAAAUAGGAGAUGGUUUAGUCUGAAUCUCUUUUGAAGACCAGAUUCACCAACAAUGUGACAAGGUCUCAUUAAAAAAAAUAUUCUGUCAUUGUUAAGUCCAUUAAAAAGAAAUUGCAUUACUGAUUAAUUUACCUGCUUAUUUUGGGGAGGGGCGUGCUUCCAUUUUCAUUUGACUUUCAGCUGACUGAAACAGAAACCGCUCUGUGACCUGGACCCAGCUGGUGUUAAUCAGAAAAGCAAAUGUACCUUCUUUAGUGAGCAGAUUCUUCUAAUCUCAUAGGGCAAACACCCCUGGAACUGUUCCUUUCAGAACACAUUGUCCUGUCCAAGAGUACCAUACAAAGCAAGUUACAAGAUGCAACUCCCUGCCCUCAGGUUCUGUUGUACUUCUGAUUCUGGAGUAAUCAUCACAGGGAGAAAAAGUUAUCCAUCCGUACUUUGCUGGGCGUCAUUAUCACUUCAGCAGCUAAGACAAUAAGCUCCAAUGAAUACACUGUAUAUUCAUGCUAUACAUUUCAUAUGUACUAGGGUACCAGCGGAGAAAAAAUCCCAGCUUGAAUUGUAUUCUUUUCCAGAAAAAGAGGAAAGACUAAAUCGGCAUUAAUUUAAAAUUGUUUUUAAAACUACCACAGAUCACUUAUUUCAAACAUUUCUUUUUCUUACCUUAAACUAAACAAGAAGAUUUAUUCCAUGGAAACUACUAGAACAUUGGAAAGAUGUGGUGUGUUGGACUGAUUGCAGUAUGCUUUUGAAUUAAUACAGUUACUUGCUGUUACUUUUGGAAGAUGUGUAUUUAUACAUUAUUGCUUUUUUUUUAAUUUCCCACCCCUGCAUAUAUAUUUUUUGUCAAUUGAAAGGAUUCUGUGAUAUUUCCUUUGUGAACAAAGCUAGAUUUUGUUUUGUUUUGUUUUGUCUUGCAUAUUCCUUAUUAUGUUUAAGUUGAUGAAAAAUAUUUUAAAAGCUAUGGGAAACAUCCAGGCAGUAGACUUUAAAUAAUGUAUUUGCCAGAUUUUUACUUGUAAAUAGAUGUAUCCUAUAAACAUUCCCUCACAUUUCUGCUCUGUUCAGCUUCUUCAGCCAUUUUGGUUCUGCAUAUACCCUGAUGUAAUACUUUCUAUUUUAAAUGUCUCAGCGAGAUGUACUAUUUCUGGUAUGAAGUAUAUUUUUUUCCUCCAGAAUACUUAAGGAAUUACU